AACGGAACCGGGUUGCACUACUGGCAGCAGUGGCAGUAGCACUUGGCUCCAGUCGUGUACCCAGUACAGAUCGAAACGCGCGUCGAAGUUCGUUGCACGCGGAAUGGUGCCGGCCACACUGCGGCCCACUGAAGCCAUUCGUACGCGCUGCAUACGGGGCAUGUUUGCACGGUUGCUGUUACGGCCCCAUGCUUACCUUGCCGGGUGCAUUCCUUCCGGAUGAUUGUGAAACAGCAGUGGGCUGGCUAGCGAUAUAGAGUGUGUAAUAGUGUACGGUGGCAUUCGGAAUUGGUAGAGGAAUUUUCGAUUACCGGUCUGUACGGCCGACGCUUGUUGUACUCCCGCUGUACAUGGUGAUGCAUUAGCAUUGCAAGAUCGCUGAUCGAACUGCUGCCGUCAGUGUGUGAGGGGUGUUUACGAAUUCCAGUUGGUCACCGGUGGCUGUAUGGGGAAGCGGUUUGGGUAAGAAGCGGUUUGGUGCAUGCUGACCAACACGAUCGAUGUUGCAGGUUAGCGGCUGGUGCAAAGCGUCUCCGUGCAAAACAAAACAGUGUAUCAUUCCGUCCGCGAAGUUCCAACAAAGUUUCUUCCAGUAACCGCACACAAUGAACGGUAAUUGACCGUUAUCGAAGGUCCCGGCGGGAUCGCACCAUACAGCGUUACUGUGACACGUGUGUAUGUGUUUAUGUAUGUGAGUGUGUGUGUUUGUGCAAAGUGUUUGUGUGUGUUUUAUUGCAUUUUCCUAUGUUGGAAGAUACAUGUGCGGCUGUGGGUCGUUAGCGUUAUUUUUCUCCCUCUCCACUCCAUUUCUGGCCUGCCUUCUGGUGCGUAUAUGUUGUGAACGGAAAAUGAAGAGAUAAUUAGCGAGUGCGCUGCAGCUGCAACGUGAUCACAUAUCCACAUACAUACAGAGAUCGUUUGCCCGCCACCCACGCCACCGGGUUGAGUGUCGACUGGGUACUAGGGUCACCGUUUUGUGCCGGCUUCGUCCAUCGUCCGUAAUGGCCAUUUCGUGAUCAUUGGCCGUGCGAACCGUCCGCACCGCAGGAAUAAAAAUAAACACUAAACGAGCCGUGGAGAUGCAGUUUGGACGGCAUUGCACUACCUGCCAGCGAGCGUGAGUGAAGCAGCAAGCGGCCGGCAAAAGAAGGAAGCAGCAACCGUCGCAUCGACUACGUAACCAACGUGAGCUACAGCGGAAUAAAAAAACCUCCAAACAAACCCAUUAGGAAAUGUUUUCGGAAUGGUGUAAAAGGUAAAUGAAUUUCAAAACUGGAUAGAAGAAAGUUCAAGCAACACUGCUAACUAAGCACAACCAUGGAGGAGGAUAAUGCAACGUCAUUCUUUCUCCUGGGAGAGUACGACUCAUUAACGGACCAAAAUGUGUCCCAGCUUGGCAAUUACCUGGAGAACAGCGACCCCAACCAAACGUUUAUGGGUAAUUUUACCUGUCCGCCCACGGACAUGCCAACGACCUACUAUCUGUUCAUGUUCCUGUACGCGGUCGUCUGCCUGGUCGGUGUGCUGGGUAACACGCUCGUCAUCUACGUGGUGCUCCGGUUUUCCAACAUGCAAACUGUCACCAACAUGUACAUACUGAAUCUAGCGAUCGCGGACGAAUGCUUCCUGAUUGGCAUACCGUUCCUGAUCGCUACGAUGCACAUGAAGCGCUGGACGCUUGGGGGCGCUAUGUGUAAAGCGUACAUGGUGAGCACCUCCGUCACACAGUUCACGUCGUCCAUCUUCCUGUUCAUCAUGUCCGCCGAUCGAUACAUUGCCAUCUGCCAUCACAUCUCCUCGCCCAAGUACCGGACGCCGCUGGUGUCGCGCAUCGUAUCGCUGUUGGCUUGGCUUGCGUCUGCGUUGAUCAUGCUGCCGAUCAUGAUCUAUGCCGACGUGAUAGAACAGAAACCGAACACAUACUCGUGCCAGAUACUGUGGCCUGAAACGCAUGGCCAUCUGCCUGGGUACACGUUCACACUGUACUCGCUAAUACUGGGUUUCGUGAUUCCGCUCUGCUUUAUCAUGACCUUCUACUGUCUGGUGAUCCGCAAGCUGCGAAACGUAGGUCCUAAAACGACGGGAAAAUCGCGUGGCAAGCGGCGCUCGCAUCGAAAGGUAACCAAGCUGGUGCUGACCGUCAUCACUGUUUACAUCCUGUGCUGGCUACCGUACUGGAUAUCGCAGGUCGCCCUGAUUACGUCCGACUUCGAGACGUGUAGUACGCGGUUGGAUUUGAUCCUGUUUCUGCUGGUGGGUUGUCUCGGGUACAUCAACUCCGCCAUCAAUCCGAUCCUGUACGCAUAUCUGAGUGAGAACUUUAAGAAGAGCUUCCUGAAGGCUUGCACGUGCGCGGCGCGGGCCGAGGUAAACGCACAGCUGAAGCUAGAGAACAGCGUGAUGCCCAAGCGCUCACGCACCCGUACCAACUCGGAUACGACGCAGCUAACUACCGGCUCGAAGGUGCAGCACCGGUUGCUCGUGGAACCGACAACGACCGCUACCACCACCACGACGGCGGCAUCCUGCGUAUCGUCCCGAAAUCCCAGCCCUCCGCCCGCCCAAACCCAGCGGAACAACAACCAUCUCCUUACCGUACCUGGAACACCUGCCUGUGCAUCAUCCAAUGGUGGUAGCAACCAUAGUAACAAUAAUAACGAUACCAAUACGACCGGUACGAACGCCACGGCCACAAGUCAACUGCACGCUGCCAAUGGUGGCAACACUAGCAGUGGGAAAGGUGAUUACAUGUCCGAUUCCUGUGACGGUAAUGAAGCGUUGAGUGUGCCGUGCGGGAACGGUUUGGAGGAGCAGCUAGUCAAACUAACGUAACUCGUACAAGUGGUUGGUAAUGGAUCCUAGGGCAUUAAGGACACUGGUGUGUUCUUUCGAGCUAAAUCAAUUUUUUGUCAAAAAUAUUAAGUAAAAUGUAGUUUAAAGUCGGGUUGGAGUAUGAAACAGAUUUCACUAAGCUGACACAGCUAUACUCUAGAGUACGAACGAAACCAGAAUCGAAAUCGUUACAACUCUUGUGUUGUAUAAACAUUGCCAAAAGUGAAGUAGUUAAACAGUAAAAGUCAUACCAAGGGAUAAUCGCACAAAGGCAACAGGGGAAGUAAGCAAAACUUAUUUAUGUGAUAAAUUAAUGUUAACGAUGUCACAAACCGUGGGGAAGCAUGCAUGUGUUUUUGUACUAGCGUAAAGCAUCCGGUGCGGUCCAAUCGGCCUGGUUGACCACGGUAAGAUCGCUCGUGUUAAUCUCUUCGGUUGCGCUCAACAGACUUUCUGCACCGCAUUGCCACCACCGCAGUCGAUCGCGUGCGUGAUCGCGCGUGAAACGAUGGCAGUGAGCCAACACGCGCUCCAAAAGUAUCCAUCGUGUGAUGGAAUUUGGAUUCCAUAUAUUCUACCGCAUUCACACAGACACACACACACACACACACACACAUAUAUAUAUUCACACACAAACCAUCCAUGCAAAUAAACACGCAUGAUUCCUUUGGGAGUAAUAUUUGAUGGAUGACAUUUCGUGCAACAUGCACCAUCACGGCGUGCGACUGCAGACCUGGGAAUCUGGGAUGGAAUUCGGUUACAAAAAAAAAAACCUGAGCUCACGAGUUCCGUACCACAACACGCACUGGCACGCGGAAAGAAAGCAAACAAACUACGGCAAUGAACAUCUUUCGAACUUAUAGCACUUACAGACAUAAAUUACGAGUCCGAUUAUGGAUAUGAUGAUGGUGAUGUUGUUCUUGAUGCUGAUGAUGAUGGUGUUCACAUACAGUUGAGUGCCUUUGGUAGCACGUGAAAUAUUUAUCGCUUUUAUAAAUCGGGGUCGAGUGGACUUAAGCAAUGCGGAUUUGUUUAAUUUAUUGAUCGUGAUAGAUUUUUGUAACGGAUGUUUCCCGUUGCCCGUUGCCUUUUGUUUUUCCUCUUCUACUCAUCACAAACUUCAAAUCGCCCUAGCGAACUUCGUACCCAUACGUUCUCGGUUGGUUAUGUUAGCGUGCGAUAGGGGUGCGAUGGUGUUUCGAUUAAAAUUGUUUGAUUGAGUUGUUGCUUGCUUGCGCACGGGACGGAAGGCAGAAAGGAUAUGCACGGAGGUACGAUCGAAUGCAUUCAUCAUCGGAAUUCAUCGCGUUCGGUUAAUGGAGGUUUGUUUGUGCGGAAUUCCGAUUUACAGCAACAGCACAAAAAAGACAUUAGUUUUCCCUUUGGCUAUCGUCCAGGGGAGGAAAGAGGGGGGAAGGGAACUAUGCGGAUGGUCCAAUCGGUUAGGAGAAACAGAGGGAGCGAACAGGGAGAAAGACGGGCUGCUUUGACAGCUGGAAUGUUUCAUUUGGUAUGUUUACAGCCGCUGGAAUAUAUUAAUCAACGAACGGCUAUAUUUUAACAAACCGUCGUGGUAGAUCAUUUAAGCUAGUGCAUCAUCAUAUUUCAUCACAAACACGACACAUACUGUAGGUGAGGAGCCGAUGUUCAAAAGAUGUUGCCCGUGAGGUUGUCGAGCGCAUUCGAAGAGAUUUAAAAUCGGCAAAUAAUACACAUUUGAUUCUCCCAGUGGAAAAGGCAUAAAGGCAUCAGUGCUAAUGGAGGUUAGAUGUAAAUUUAAUAGCCAAUAUUCCCUCACCGCCCUGCAGGAUAAACAUACGUCGAAGCCCAACGAAUAGGUUUUUACAGCUCUUACGACUACUAAUGGCAUAGUAUAGUGAUGAAAGGUGUAGCACAAUGAUAAUAGCAAACUGUUGCAGUCGCAGGAUGGUUUUUAAACGACAAAAUCCCGAACCCCGCAAGCAUUGCUUCGUACGUUGUGAUCCAGAUUUUAUCGGGAGUAUGGUACGAAAUAUGAAACAACAGAGCUAAAGCUAAAGAUACAAUAAAAUAUGUUUUUUGUACGUGAAUCGAGCGAUUAAUGUGUAAAACUUGCCGAACUGGGCAGAGGGUAACGGGCUAGGCAAAAUUGUUCAAAUUGUAGUUCUCUUAAAAAAAACGAAACGAAUCACUUUUUCCUUCCUUAUGGAAACAAUAUCAAACGUCUGUACCGAAUUUAAUACUAUUUCAUUAAAUGGAAUAAACGCUGUAAUAAAGACGUAACAAAAUUCACACAUAAGUUC